UCAAAUUUGCAGAUAAUGAAAAGAUGCACGUCGAAGCAAGAUUUUGCGAGGCACCAAGCAAGUUAUUCCACGGCGCUUGCUUCAGUGACAAUAACUGCGGUAAAAUAUGCGAGAAAGAAGGUUAUCUUUCAGGCAGAUGCAAGGGAUUAUCGUUCAAAUGUACAUGCUACAAAGACUGUGAUGUUCAUGGUGGUCAUGGCGGCGGCGGCCCCCCCUAUACCCCUCCCACAGGACCCCCUGACACCCCACCUGAAGGCCCCCCAUAUAACCCCCCUGAUAGCCCUCCAACUGGACCCCCUGAGGGGCCACCUUAUAACCCUCCUACAGGCCCCCCCGUAGGGCCACCGAUUAACCCUCCGAGUGGUUGUCCUAAUCCUCCCAUAAUUCCUAAUCCUCCGGCAGGUUGUCCUAAUCCUCCAACAUGUUGGCCUUAUCCUCCAAUAUGCUGCCCUAAUCCACCCGGAAUCCCUUUUCCUAUACCUCCAAUAGGUUGUUUUAUUCCUCCCGUCAUCCCAAUUCCUAAUCCUGGAAUUGGAUGUCCUACUACUCCCAUUAUAACAAUUCAGAAUCCUAGAACUAAUACUCCCCUAAUCCCUAUUCCUAAGCCUCCCACGGGCUACCGUAAUCCUCCCAUACCCCCCUUUCCUAGUCCUCCAACAGGCUGUCUUAAUCCUUCCGUAAUCCCAAUUCCUAAUCCUGGAACUGAUUGUCCUAAUCCUCCCGUGAUCUCAAUUCCUAAACCUCCAAAAGGUUUUCCUAAUCCUGGAAUUGAUUGUCCUAAUCCUCCCGUAAUCUCAAUUCCUAAACCUCCAACAGGUUGUCCUAAUCCUCCCGUAAUCUCAAUUCCUAAACCUCCAACAGGUUGUCCUAAUCCUCCCGUAAUCUCAAUUCCUAAACCUCCAACAGGCAGCCCUAAUCCCCCCGUAAUCUCAAUUCCUAAACCUCCAACAGGCUUCCCUAAUCCCCCCGUAUUCCCUAUUCCUAAACCUCCAAUUGGUUGCCCUAAUCCUCCAAUCAUAACAAUUCAUAAUCCUAGAACUAACAGCCCUAAUCCUCCUAUAAUCCCUAUUCCCAAACCUCCAACAGGCAGCCCUAAUCCUCCCACCAUCUCCAGUCCACCACCACCACCACCACCAACUGGUUGUGCUACGCUUUCCGGCAAACGUGUGAAAACUGAAAUGGCUUUAUGCUAGUGGGUGACUGAAUCCAACUGCAGAUUACAUUGUUAUGCAUCAUGUAUUUUAUUGUUCAUUGUUUUUGCACAAGUUCUUCAAUUUUUUAACAAUUAUACGUCUGGAACGUGUGUUUUGGUAAUUACAGAAACCUAGUAUCAAAUUGAGUAUGCAGAAGUAGCAAUUCAACAA